ACUAAAAUAUAUGUGAAAUUGACAAAUGGCUAACAAUUCUCUAUCAUUUUUGACCUCCUCAUGCACAUGGCUCCUUGGUUAUCUGUCAUCUUCAUUUUAAUUCUCCCCUUCUUUUUUUAGUUUUUCUCUUUUCCUUCACUGUCACAUGCUCUCUUCUCUCUUUCUCUCCCAGCCAUAAGCUGCGUUUUUUCCUUCUGUGUCAUUGAAGGCUUUUGACUCCACAGUUCAAGGGAUUCUUCAGAUCUACGGGGAAAAGCUCUCUCGACAUUCUCAUCCAAAAUUCUUCUUCUUUCUGGGACUUCCGUGGUGGCUGGCUUUUUCUCAUUGGAAGCUCAAAGUUGAGAGCCAAACUUGUAUGGAACCCAUCUUCGCCUAACAGGUUGGGGCAGGAUUUUAUCCAUUUGGCCUGCUGGGGCUUUGUUCGCGAUGCAAAAGAAAGCCAAGAGUCAGAAUUGGUUGACUACAAAUGCAAAGAGGACUUCAUUAUAGGCUGCGCAAAAGCAACUGGAUAUAAUCAGUCUGUUUUCAUGGUUUGCGAGAUGGAGCAUGACCUUAUGGAGGACAUGGACAUAGAAGUCCUGCCUUCUAUGUGGCCAGAAGAUAUUGGAACUGAUGCUGGGAAACAGUUUAACAUAGAGAAGCCAGGAAGUGACCAAGACAUGUUGGAGGAGGUCACAAUAGUGGAGGAGCCAACUAUAGUAGAUUUCAAACGUCUCAUGGAGCUCACUAACUACACAGACAGAGGGUCAUCUCAGCUGACCUAUUUCAUGAAAUACCUGGAGUACAGGCAGGCUAAUGCUGUGCGUCUCCUAAGAGAAGAACUCGACAACCUAAGCAAACAGAGACAGGAGGUUGAGCUGAGGAAGUUGAAGAUAUUGGAAGAGCACCGGUUUGAGGACAUAAGAUAUGGGGAUGACAAACGACCAGUUUCUAUAUUGGAUGAGGUUUAUGACAUAUGGCAAGAUAUACCUCGGAGGAAAAAAGACGUUGUUGUUCAGAAUAAGGGUAUUGAAAUAGAUGCCGAGUAUGAUACUGUAGUGUACUGGAAGCAGAGGGCCCUGCAUCUGGAAAAACUGUUGGAAGCGAGUAUACACAGAGAGCAGACACUUAUGGAGAAGCUGGAAGAAAGCAUAAAGAAUCUUGAAAGGCAGUCCUCUCCUGUAGAAGAAUUGUCUCAGAUUCUGAAAAGAGCAGAUAAUUUCUUGCAUUUUAUUCUGCAGAAUGCACCUGUUGUCAUAGGCCACCAGGACAAAGAGUUGCGCUAUCGCUUUAUCUAUAACCAUUUCCCAAGUUUGCAAGAGGAGGACAUCAUAGGAAGAACAGAUGUGGAAAUUUUCACGGGGUCUGGAGUCAGGGAAUCUCAAGAUUUUAAGAGAGAAGUUUUGGAAAAAGGAUUGCCUGCGAAAAGGGAAAUUACCUUUGAGACAGAACUAUUUGGGUCAAAGACAUUCUUAAUUUAUGUAGAACCUGUCUUUAGCAAGGCAGGGGAAACAAUUGGGAUAAAUUACAUGGGAAUGGAUGUAACAGAUCAGGUGAGAAAAAGAGAAAGAAUGGCACAAAUUAGGGAAGAGAUUGCAGUUCAGAAAGCAAAAGAGACUGAAUUAAAUAAGACCAUCCACAUUACAGAGGAGACCAUGCGAGCAAAACAAAUGCUAGCAACCAUGUCCCAUGAAAUAAGAUCUCCACUGUCGGGGGUUGUUAGCAUGGCUGAAAUUCUUUCUACUACAAAACUUGACAAGGAGCAGAGACAGCUCUUGGAAGUCAUGCUUUCCUCAGGAGAUUUGGUUCUUCAACUUAUAAAUGACAUAUUAGAUCUUUCCAAGGUUGAGUCAGGAGCCAUGAAGCUGGAAGCUACCAAAUUCCGUCCAAGAGAGGUAGUAAAGCAUGUUCUGCAGACUGCUGCAGUAUCGCUGCAGAAAAUAUUAACCCUAGAAGGUCAUGUGGCAGAUGAUGUACCUAUUGAGGUCACUGGAGAUGUUUUAAGGAUUCGGCAAAUUCUUACAAAUCUCACAAGCAAUGCAAUCAAGUUCACCCAUGAAGGUAAAGUUGGCAUAAAUCUCUACGUUGUAGCGGAGCCCAAUUUUGCAAAAUCGGGAGACAAGUCAAGCGAAUCGGUGAGUGGAUUGACAGAAGAGAGAUACUUGUCAGCGUCACAAAAUGGAAGUGAUGAAUGCAGAUCUCCAGUUAAAAGCGAAUGCUCAAGAAAUGGGGAUACAGAGGAGCAACCUCAUUCAACUGAAACUACAGUGUGGAUACGUUGUGAUGUAUACGACACUGGAAUUGGAAUACCAGAAAAUGCAAUUCCUACUCUAUUUAAAAGGUACAUGCAAGUCAGUGCAGACCACGCUCGAAAGUAUGGCGGCACUGGGCUAGGACUAGCAAUAUGCAAACAACUGGUCGAAUUAAUGGGUGGUCGUCUAACAGUGUCAAGCAAGGAACAUUGUGGUUCUACGUUUACAUUCAUACUCCCAUACAAGGUUUCUAUUGCUUGUGAUCAUUCAGAUGACACCGACGAGCUCUCAGAUAGGGCGAACGACGACGCUGCGUCGGAUGAUGCUACGCAAGGAUUCUUCCAAUUCCAACCACGUACGUUGGGCUCACUUUUCUCGUCCAGCGGAUCUACCAGAGCCCCAAAAUUGUUACCACAUAAACUUGGGCUCACAAUCCCUCAUAACUUUAAUGGGUUUUCGGAGACUUCUUACUCGUUCCCCUCUAACGACUUCACUUCAAAUGGAACAACUUCAGUUGGAGACAGAAUCCGAGUGACAGUACCAGACGCGCCAGAGAUAUCUGAAUCAGGAAGUUCGAUGACUCAUAAGCCAGAAACAGAGAAGGAAAGUGUAGUUAGUAGAGACAAGCAGCGUCAAGGUAAUACAUUUGCUCAACUCCAGAAUGGUAUUGCAAGUAGAGAAAUUGGGGUGGCAACGAAGUCAAGCAAAACCCAGCAAUCAAGUGAGACGCAAGAGAAGGAUAACAACAGAACUUCCCACUGUGUUACUAGCAGAAAUAAUAGUACACCAGCAGUGGCCAAACCCCCAUUAGAGCCUAAGAUCCUUCUAGUUGAAGAUAACAACGUCAAUGUUAUAGUGGCACGCUCGAUGAUGAAUCAGUUAGGUCACAGCAUAGACGUGGUAAAUAAUGGAGCGGAAGCUGUGCGUGCAGUUCAGCGCAGGAGUUAUGACCUCAUUCUGAUGGAUGUGUGCAUGCCAGUUAUGAACGGUCUUGAAGCAACAAAAUUGAUUCGCUCUUUUGAGGAAACUGGCAAUUGGGAUGCUGCAACAAAAGCUGGAAUAGAGUCAAGCUUUUCAACUUCAGAUUUGCAGAAACCUGAAUGUUGUACAAAGCGAAUGCCCAUUAUUGCAAUGACGGCAAAUGCUUUGUCAGAGAGUGCGGAAGAGUGUUAUGCAAAUGGAAUGGACUCAUUUGUGUCUAAACCAGUGACAUUCCAGAAAUUGAAGGAGUGCCUUGAACAAUUCCUACGGUGACAUCCUUGUAAAUUAUGACAUGUGUGUAUAAAAUAAAUAAAUAAAAGAGGGUAGGAAAGUUUUGUAAUGAAUGCGUUGUCCUCCAUGAUUAGCGUCUAGUAACUUGAGUUGUACAGAUCUAAAAUAUUCUUUGCCUUGUCUCCCCUGUAAUUUUUUUUAUUAGUUCCCAAGGGAGAGCAAGAAGCCUUUCUGCACUACUACAAGAGGGAAGGGAAUUUGCAAUAACAAGAUCAUAUCUCAGCAGUACUAUGCAUUAUGAUGCAGUAGAAUCGUUCUUAAAGAUGGAAAGAU